AUGGAAUCCAGCUCAUCACUCCCACAGCUGCAAAGCAGGUCCUCCCUCUACACUUCUCCUCGUAGCAAGUUACAAACUUCCCCAAACAGACCAAUAACCGGCACAAGCAUGAUAUCAACCAACAGCGUCUUCAGUCAAUCCGCUACCACCUUAACCAGAAGCGUAAUUCAUUGGUCGUUUUCAAAAUCUAGCUCCCCCUCCUUAUGUGAGUAAAAAAAUGUUGCCUUCUUGCAAGGGAUUAAAAAUUUAUAGAAUAUUUUAUAGUAAUUUUUUUUCGAAAUUUAAAAUAAUCCUCAUUUGUAAAUUGGAAAGUUAAAAUUAAUUUAUUUUGUAAAUUUAUGUUCUAAACAAAAGGAAUUAUAAAUUCAAAAGGAUUAGCUAUAGAUUUCGUUAUAUAAUUAUUAUUUAUAUAUUAAAUAAUUUUUUCCAAAAAAAUAUGAAUCUUUCCUAUGGGUUUGCUUGCUCACCGGGGUAGUAAGCGUUUUAAUGAAUACAAAAAUGAUACCUCAGAUGUUCCCAUCCCUAAUUUAGGCAGUACACUGUCCCCAAGGGCUACAACCCAAGGUUUUGGAGGCAGAAGCUCAUUUAAACCGGUAGAAAGUCCUCCCCCUAAUGCAUAUGAUAUAAACUCACAUUUAUUUUCACGGCCUGGGCCUAUUAUACAUAAGAGAUUAAAUUCAGAAGAAGCUGGAAGAGAAUCUUGGGAUUGCCACGGAGAUGUCCCGGGUCCUGGAAAAUAUGAAAUAUCUCGAGAUUUUUUAGCAAAAAAUAAAGGAUUUUUGCUAAAAUCAAGAUGUGAGCCAAUUGAUGCAAGAAAAGUUGUCCCUGCUCCGAAUCAUUAUGCACCUAGGCUGAGUUUGACAUAUAAAAGCAGGUUUUCCGGAAUUUCUUUUGGGUUUGGAGGGAGGUAUAACUUUACCCCUAAAGAAGCAUCACUGAUCCCUGGGCCAGGGACAUAUGAGCUUCCUUCAAAAUUUAAUAAAAAAAAUCGUCAAGACAGAUCAGGGAAAGACAAAAAAACAACGGACAAUUUAUUUUUACCUUACUUACCCCCCCCCCCCUCCGUGAGCGAACAAAAAAAUUUUGUUCGCUCACGGAGGGGGGUUAAUUUUUUUUUUUUAAAAAAAAUUUAUAUAUAAAUUUUAUAAAAAAUAUAUUUUUUUCGAAAUUUAAAAAAAAUCCUAAUUUGCAAAAAUUGGGAAGCAAAUAUUAAUUUAAUUUGCAAAAUUUAUGUUUUAAAACGCAAUUUGUUUAAAAUUAAACAGAAUUAGCUCUAGAUUUCAUUAUACUAAUUAUCACUUAUAUAUCAAAAUUUUUUUCCAUUAAAAUUUUUUCUAUUAAAAAAAUUUUUGUUCACUCACGGAGGGUGGGUUUUUGGUCAAAAAAUGGCGAUUUUUCUAAUGGUUUUGUUCGCUCACGGAGGGGGGGGGAGUUAG